GGGUUUGGGGGGCGAAGAAGUUACAAACUCUUUUUAAGCUUUCCUGUAGUGAGGCUUGUUCGUACAGUGCUCGGUUAACAUGAAGGAGCAUCGAUGAAGAAAUCCAUCGUGGGAUUUUUCAGCUGCAUCUGGAGUCUAGCUGGUUUGUGCUGGCAUCUGUUAGAGCAACCCUUUUCCAUUUUCUUACUCCUGCCUGCUCCAAAUGAAGCAGGUGAGUCUCUGAGAGAGCCUUGGGGAAGCCUGGCACACUUCUGUGCUGCUGAUAGCUCCGUCCCCGUUACGGAGAGCCGUGUCUCCUGCCCUUUGCCUGUGGUUUGCUCCAAGCAGCGAGGAGCACCCGUGCGAGCCCUGCUCCUGGUGCUGCUGGGGGCAGCUCUGCGAGCAGAGACCACUGGAGCGAGGUGUUUCAGGGAAGCGGUUGGUAGCUGGGGGCUUUCCUUAGAGCCGGUUGGAGUGUGCUCUGGGGUCAGGGACUGCUCUUUCCCCUGCCCGCAGCAUUGGCGAAGGGCCAGCGAGUAACUGCCUUGAGGCCAGCCCCUGCCUUCCAGUUACUUAUUCACGUGCUGAUGCCUCCCCGGCAAGCUCGCAGGCUGGCCUAAAAACAGCUGCGUAAAUGGUUCUGGUGGAAUCACUACAGUCUGAGCGAGGGGGAAGGGGGAGGAACGUUUUAUUUUUGGCUGGGGGUUGUUUAGUUUUUGCUGCAAGGACGAUCCUUUCCAAGGCUUCCCCGUGCAGCAUGGGUUGGGCCUGGGUUUCGGUAUUGCUCCUGUAGCAGCAAGAGAGAGACAGCUCCGAUGAACCGGCCUCGCAGCUCCAGAAAAUGAAAUGUCACUUAAUUUGCCCUUGACCGUGCUUGAUAUUUGAUCUGGCUCUAGUAAAGCGUUUGUAGCUCUGGAGAGGAACACAGCUCCUGAAAGCAUUUAAUGGUCGCUCCAAAGCAGACCCGUCGGGGACAGGGACGCGGGGGAUGUGUGAGGGCUGAUGGUCAGAAGAGACUCCUCGGCCGUUCCUGCUGGUGCCUGCAGCGAAGAGGUUAAUCCCAGGUGCGAGGGUGUUGCUGCAUGAGGUGGCUGUCAUGGGCAGGAGGGGAAGCUCCUGCAGGUCUCGCUGCGGCCCCGGCUGCGUGCUGCUCCCUUUUCCCUCAGCACGCUGCGGGGUGCGUCGCCCCGCUCCUGGUGCUGCAGGUACCGGACCCAUCGCCGACACGCUGAGAGCUUGGCUCCGGCACCGCUGGCACCGGCACUGAGCUAAUCAGCAACGUGUCUGAAGCGGUAAGGCUGUUACCUCAGUUUCCAUUGUCAACCCCCUUCUCGGCUGCUUUUAAAAUACAGCCUUUGUGCGGCUGGAACUGCGGCUAGCUGCCUGGGACAGAUCCGUGCUUUGAUUUCAAGGACUUUGGCUUUGCUCGUUUCCACCACAAAGUGCCAACAGGAACAGCCUGGUUAAAGCAGAACAGGUUUUGCACAGGAAUUAAAGGUGGCCAGCUUUUCCUGCGCCUCUUGUCUGCUGCUAUGCUGUCUGCAGUCAGGUGUCUCAGGCACGGGCCUGGAAGCGCUAACGGGUAGCUGGGAGGCUUUGUGUUUUACAGCUUCGUGUUCUGCAGAGGUCUCUUAGAGGGCAGAACAGCUUGGCGCGUGGAGGAUGAAUCUUGAGAUGCGAGGAGAGCAAAUGCACGGCUCUUCUCUGCUGCCAGUGUCCCGUCUGACUCUGGGGAAGCCACUUCCCCAAAAGUCUCUCUGUGCUCCUGUUGUGUUGCCUUUUUUCUUCGCCUUGAAGCCAGCCGUCCCCUCUCCUGGGUUUGGCUGCCCCCUCACAAAGCCCUUUAACACACAGGUACGCGUGUGGAGCUGAACAUAAAUACCCGUGCCGAGUUUGGAACUGAUCUCAUUGCUAUUUUUGUGGCGGUAACUCCCUCCCCUGUGGAGUACAGUCUUGAAAGAAAUGAGAGGAACAGCUAAGUGAUCUUCUCCCAGCAGACGGCUCCUGUGUUGAGGAGCGGCUGUCUCCUUAGGCGUGUGAAGCACACGAUUCCUUGCUGGAUGCCUGACUUGGGAGAAGUGCAGUCGCAGGGGAGCAGGGUCUGCCAGAGGUGGCCGGGAGACCUUCCCGUUGAACCUGGGUGGCUUUCUGAGUUGUCUCCACCUCUCCCAGGGCCACUGCUCACAGACCUGACAGCAACAGGCCGGACGGUGCUGCCUGGUGUUCCUCGCUUCUCAGCAGCCCCCUGAGGCUGGGGUGAGGCCCUCCUGUGCUAGGUGCUCUGCAGGCGAGGCCGGGACUCCCUGCCCUGAGCAGCACGUCAUCGUCCCUCUAGACAACGGUAGAAGGAGGUGCAGGCUGCUUCUAAGCUGGGCUCUGGGGAAUCUCAUUCAGCAGAGUGAAAUAUGCUUGGUGUACGUGUCAGGGAGGGGGGACUCGGACCCAAAUCUGUUCUGUGUGUCUGUCCCCCCACGAGUAUAAAUGAAAAUUCCUGACAAGGAGCUUCUCUGCCUGUGACCUGCCUUCCUCUUUACCCUCGAGGCAUGAGUACGUUGACCUUCCAGCAUGCUGAAAUGGAAGACGAAACGCUCAGCUUUGCAUCCCGGGUCGUUUUUCCCUUCUGAAAGGGAGCAGCAUGAAGCAGACGUAAAAAUGGUAGGGCACAGGGGCUGCUCAGGGGGAGCCUGGGCUCGCAUCUGGUUCUGUAACUUGUGACUGUAGGACAUUCGUUUCUGAAUGGCAUAAGUGCUGGGAUUUCCACUGUUUCUCUCCAGAGAUUUUCCCGUGGUCUGGAGGCUACAGAGUGAAGUGAAUUAGCGUGUUUUUAGCUUUUACCAGAGCAUUGCUUUUGCUAGGGAAUGGAAGCAGGGGUAAGCCAAGCUGAUCGUAAGUGAACGUGUGCUGUCUGUACUACUUCAGAAAAAGGCCUGCAGGAAGCUCCCCUUGAAGAUAAUAGUAAGUUAAAAUGGUUAUGAGUUGUGUGAUCUGAUAAUAAGUAACCUUUUUCUCUUCCCAGAUGGUUUGCAAACACUUCUUUAUCCCACCCAGGCAAGUCAGCUUUCCCAGAUCCGGCAGAGGACCAGAGCCAGCCAGAAGAGUGGGUGGAAAAAAGGCACUUGAAGAGAACUGAAGAUUUGCACUGAGCUGUGGGUUGCUUCGGUGGGGAAAGGAGCUAUCUAAGCCAGAAAGAUGCGUGAGUACACCGAAAAGAAGGAAACAUGCGGGACCAUCUGUCUCAAGUACUUGCUCUUCAUCUUCAAUUUCUUUUUCUGGCUGGCUGGUGGGGCUGUGAUGGCAGUGGGCACCUGGACCCUGGCUGAGAAGAGUGACUACAUCAGCUUGCUCUCCUCCAGCACGUAUUCAGCAACUGCUUAUAUUCUGGUGGUGGCAGGGGUGGUUGUGAUGGUUACUGGCAUCCUUGGCUGCUGUGCCACCUUCAAAGAGCGUCGGAAUUUGCUAAGAGUGUAUUUCAUAUUGUUGCUGUGCAUCUUUCUCCUGGAGAUCAUUGCUGGAAUCCUGGCCUAUAUCUACUACCAGCAGCUGAGUAUGGAGCUGAAGCAAAAUUUAAAGAACACCAUGACCCAGAAGUACCGCAAAGAGGGAGAAGAGAGCGUUACCAGCGCAGUGGACAAACUGCAGCAGGAGUUCAAGUGCUGUGGCAGCAACAACUACACGGACUGGGCUGACAGCGUGUGGAUCAGAUCUUCCGAGGCCAGUGGACGGAAAGUCCCAGACAGCUGCUGUAAGACGAUAACCGACCUGUGUGGCCGAAGAGACCAUCCUUCCAACAUCUACAAAGAGAGCGGUUGUAUUACCAAGCUGGAAAACUUCAUUCAAGAGCAUCUGAAAAUUAUCGGUGCAGUGGGGAUCAGCAUCGCUUGUGUGCAGAUCUUUGGGAUGAUUUUCACCUGCUGCUUGUACAGGAGUUUGAAGCCGGAACCAUAUUAAUAGCUGUGGGAACUCUGUCAGCUCCCCCUCUGCCACUCCCUUAGUGCCUGCCAACCUCACUACCCUCCACCAUCACCACAGAAGAGUCUGCAGCCUGAGGACUUGGCUCUACCAUUAAAUGCCUCUCGAACAGCCUUACCUGCCCCUUCAGGGGAAGGUCACCCUCCUCGUUGUGUUCAGGGAGUUCAGCAGGUCCUCUUCACUGUCGAAACAAAAGAGCUGCGGAUCUUCUGCUGGAAGCUUUAGCAAAGCAGUCCCUUGAUUAUAACUACAAAGCAAGAUUUAUCUAGGGCCAUUUCUCUUGGGGCUCUUCCUGAGCCAACACAAAGGUAUCAGGAUGCUACGCAAGAACCACGGUUCGCUCUCUGAGAAGUGGCUCAGCAUCACCGGGCAUUGACUAUGAGGACAGAUGAUGUUUCUGCGCUGAGCUGGAGCCAGAGCUGAGUCUCUCAUACACUGAAGAUUUCUCUCUCCCCCCCCUGUGUGUGCGGUGAAGUCCUAACACAGCUGGUCUCCAUAUGAGAGGAUGCCUGCCUGGUUGCUUGGGGCACGAACUGCACUCCCUGCUGCUCGGGAACACAACUUGGUGCGGCUGAAAUCUUGUCAUGACUCCAAUGCUGCCACAACGUGGGUGCCUUAGGAUUUCUCAGCAAUCCUUCCUCCUCUUCCUUGAAGCUUCCCUGCAACACGGUGCCAUCGGGAACCACAAGAAGCCUGCUGCCUCCUUGGGCUUCUAGAUCAAAGACGUUGGACUACUUUCUAAUUCUUUUAGGUCUGGUCUGGUUUAGGUAGUGGCUUCCAGUGUGAAUGAGAAAACUCACGGUUGUUUCUUGCCUACCCCCUGCUGAGAUUUGGUGAAGAGCUGGUCUGUCUGUGGAACUGAGGUGUCUUGCUACCACUUGGCCUGUUUGGUUAGUGCAAAGACCUUAUCACGUCUCUUGCAUGUUGAGACACACCCUGGGCUCGACGGUCUAAUUAAAACCUCCAGGCUUGUUCUCUCUUGGGUGGGAAAUGAAUAUAUACAAAUGUUGUAUCAGCCUCCAAGGAGCUCAUUAAUCAGAUGAGGGUUUUCUGGCUUUAAUGAGAUCUAGAAGCCAGCUUUCCAGACCAUCUCAGCAGUAACCAUUACAGUCAGCUUCACCCAGUCGCCCCAGUGUAUUUAGUAAAUUGGUAGUGCUGGGUUUAACUGUCUGAUUAAUUAAAUAGAUUUAAUUAACUAUUAUUUCUGCACUGGGAUCCUGGAUACAUACAGGACAUAGACAUGACUGUUGCCAUUGACUUAGUGCCACUGUCAUGCCAGCCUGAAUUCAUAGGAUCUUCUGUGUCUCUCCUGUCCCAGGGGUUUGGGUUGUUUUCUUCCUAAUUGUCCCGGAAAGGGUUCUCAUCGGGAAUCUUGUUUUCACCAUCCCAGUAGGCCUGGUACAACCUGAAGCAGAAAGGGCUGCAGGGAUUUGAAGUUUCUAGGCUCUGAAGACAAGCCCUUUUAUGAGCAAAGUAAUUUAUUCACUCUCUUGGCCUUUUGGUGGUGCCCCGUCCCUUGGCAGCAGGCAGUUAACACCUGCAAAAUCACCCAUACCCCUAAAGGGUUUUGCAGCGUUGUGGGGGUUUUGAUUCACAGAGCAGAAAUCCAGGACUGGCUCCUGCAGGGGGGGGCGAAGGGUGACAAGUUAAAAUUCUGAGCAGGUAAAUCUGGAACUCCCCCAUCAACAUCGGCACCGUGAAAUAAUCCUUAACACUAAUGCGAAAAGAGAGGUGGAGGAGCGGAGCUGUAUCCUUGGUCCCACAGCAGUGGGAAAGAGGGGAAAGAAAUCUAAAUUAUUGUGUAAUGAUCUAAAGGAGAAACCUCUAAAUUAUUUCUUGUUUUAUAUUCAGGUUCCUGACAAGUAUUGACUACUAACUAUGAGGAAAAUAUUGAGCAUGUUGCUUGAAGCAAUAUUUCUAGUUUCUUAAGCAUAUCUUCUUAGCUGCCUUUGCCUGUUCCCUUGAAAUACAUUGUACGGGGUUGGGAGAGGCUAGGAAGAAUGAGAUAGGAACAGCAAGUUGGCUUGUGUCCACUGAGUCGUUUUAUACUUUUUCUCUGUGUAAUAAUAUUCAUUGCUUUUUUUUUUUUAACCCAGUUUAAGUUGCUGGCCAAUAGGAAAAUAAAGCUUAAGAUUCUGUA